AACACAAUGGCCGGGCUCGAUUGAGGGAAGAGACUUCGCCUCCGCGGAAGGAGCGAUGAGGAGAAAAGGUCACUGCGGUUGCCAAAGAGGUUGUACAAGAUUGUAGUCAGUGGCUUUGGAUUCCUGAGGUCUUUUAUAGGCCUGUUUCCAUAGCAACCGCCCCGGUCCUCCCGAGGACCACCGCCAAACGUUUCACCCCCCCCCCCCCCCCUUCCUCCGCAGAAAGAAACUUACCCCGGAAUGGACACCGAGUCGACCCACUCGGGCUACUCCAGCCGCUCCGGGAGGUCAAACCGGCACGGCGAGCGAGGCCGCGAACGUCACAAGGCCAGCGGCGGUAAAGACGGCAGCCGCUCGGAGAAAUCGGUCAUCAUCAACCCCCCGGAGACGUCCUCCCAGGAUUCGCCGGUGCACAACGGCGAGCCGCUGCCGGGGGAGCCCUCGCCAGGGGCGGCGGAUCUUGGAGAAGAGGGCCAGGAUGAUAAUUGGGGGGAAACCACCACCGCAGUGACAGGCACCUCCGAGCUGAGCAUUUCCCAGGAGGAAGUGGUGGGCUUGGGCAAGAGCAUACAGGACCGGACCCGAGGCUUCCGCCGUUAUCUCCCCUUAGCUGUGGGCCUCUGCGGGGGUCUGCUGGUGCUGGCCACCCCGCUGGUCUUCCUGCUCCUGCCCGUAAUAAUGUGGCCCGAAAGACUGCAGCCUUGCGGCGCCGCCUGCGAGGGUCUCUUCCUGUCCCUCUCCUUCAAGCUCCUCAUGCUCCUCACGGCCAUCUGGGCGCUGUUUCUCCGGCCGGCCCGCGCCAGUCUGCCGAGAGUGUGCGCGUGCCGCGCCUUCCUCACCGCGCUCACCCUCCUGCUCACCAUGUCCUACUGGCUCUUCUACGGCGUCAGGAUCCUCGAUGCGCAGGACGAGGACUACCACGGUGUGGUCCAGUUCGCAGUGUCCCUGGUGGACUCGCAACUCUUUGUCCACUACCUGGCGGUGGUGCUGCUGGAGCUACGUCACCUGCGACCAUGCUACAGCGUGUGCGUCAUCCGCUCCACCGACGGAGAGACGCGUCACUACAACAUUGGACAGCUCAGCAUUCAGAACGCGGCUCUCACCGUCUUGGAGUAUUACUACCGAGAUUUCCCGCUCCACAACCCGGCGCUCCUCUCGGCCUCCAAGCACCGCGCCUCCAAGCACCUGGCCGGAUUAAAAGUUUACAACGUUGACGCUCCCGGGAGCGCGGCGGGGGCGCCGCCCGCUAAUGGAAACCAGUCCCAGGCCACGAUCGCGGCCGCCGCCAAACGCAAAGACAGCGCCCAUAACGAGCUGUACUACGAGGAGGCCGACUACGAGAGACGAGUACGCAAACGGAAAGCCAGGUUGGUGGUGGCCGUGGAGGAGGCUUUUACGCACGUGCGGCGCAUGAAGAAGGAGGACGAGCGCGCAACGCCUUCAGACAUCAUGGACGUGCGGGAAGCGGCUUUGGCCGUUUUCCCGUCCAUGGCCCGCGCCCUGCAGAAGUACCUCCGCACCACCAGGAGGCAGCAGUGUCACAGCAUGGAGAGCAUCCAGAAGCACCUGGCCUUCUGUCUCAUCAAUAACAUGAGCCCCAAGGCCUUCCUGGAGACGUACCUGUCCCCGGGCCCCACCCUGCAGUACGGCCCCGAGCGCUGGAUGGCCGACCAGUGGACGCUGGUGAGCGAGGCGUCGGUGACGAGCGGCGUCAAGGACGGCAGCGACUUUGUGCUCAGGUGUCUCGACUUCAAUCUCGCCGUCACCGUCAAGAGCAUCCCGUACAUCCGCGUGCGUGAGGAGUACGUGGACCCCAAAUCGCACAAGUUUGUGCUUCUGCUCCAGUCGGAAACUUCGGUUUAACGGCCGGUUGCUUCUCUGGACCUACACGACUCUUACAAUUACUGCAUUUACCUUCUCAAAAAGGCUCUGGUUUUUUUCAUCUUUUGCAUACUCAAUCUGACAGAUGAGAAGAAAAUACCUGGAUUCUCUAUGUUGGCAUCCUGUAUGCACUUUAAAAAGACUCACUGUUGUGUUUGCAUGUGGAUGAUGAGUGUGUGACUUUUUGAGGAUGCAAAAAUGUGGUUUUGUGGGAAACAUUUGUCAAAAGUGUGGCUGGAAGAAAAAAAAAAAAAGAAACACCAAAACCCAACUGCUAGUUUUGAAUUAGCCGUUGGUAUACAGUAUGUACAGUAUUUAUACGUGAACGUGCAUUAUUCCGUGCAUCAUUUUUAUAUUAAAACUGUGCAUUGCUUGAAUUUUAACUUUUUUUAUUUUUACUUUGUGCAGACAAAGAUUGUUAAUUUGGAUAUGACAUCAAACACUGGAAUCACCACAGUCAAUGUUUCACAUAUUUCAGUGUGUAGUAUAUGCUGUUUAUAUAUAUAUAUAUAUAUAUAUAUAUAUAUAUAUAUAUAUAUAUAUAUAUAUAUAUAAUUAAAAUGACAUUUGUAUAUCUUAAAAGUAUUACAACACUUCUCAGCAGCAUGAGACUUCACAUAUUAUAUAUGAAUAUUCAGUGAUUACAGGGAACAUUUCUAAAAAAAAAAAAAAAUUAUUAUUUAUUUAUAUAUAAGUUAUAUGGGUUUAUUUCAAUUGGGCAGAGUUUGGAUGUCAGCAGUCGUCAGUAUGAGCGUCUCAGUGCUGCUCCCUAUUGACCACUUUCACAAAGUGCACAUGUCAAAACUACAUUGAUUUGGAAGGGGAAAGUUUGUAUUUUUCAAUUGAAUCUUGGCAUUUUAUUGUUACGUACUGUUGUCACUUAUGUAGUUUAGCGUUUUAUAAUGUCGAUGACUGCACAUAGAUAGUCUUGACUUAAACAUUUAUCGCAAACUGUGUAUGCGUGUACUGUAUGUGUGUGUUAAGCAUUUGUUGUGACGCCUCUUUUGUACUACUGAACAUAAGGUCACAGAAGCUGUGUCUGAUUUGCAUUUGUUAAAAAAAAUAAGAUACUUGCAAUAAAUG